AAAAUUUUAGAUCGUUUGGCCAUCCCCCAGCGGAGAAACCACAUCUCGGGUCACAUAUGGCCGAGCACGGAAACCUCUCUCGAACAAAGUUUCUUCGUCAGAUCGAUGGGCUCCUCCUGCUCGUUAAUACACACAUAAAUAUGUAUCUUCCUCGCUCGUUUUCGUGAUCUCGAAGAAGAUGCGCUCGCAAGCCUUCAAUCGCUCGAGCAUCCCCACUCGCCCACCCAUCUCCGUGUCAAAAAAUUACCAUCCUCAGCUCAACUGAACACUAUCCUCCAACUUUGAUCUUGAAAUUUCUAUCGGACGACGACGUAGUUUCUCAAUAAGAGUAAUGAUAUCGUAUGGUCAACUGUCUCGCCGCUUCCCUCUAAAUCGGCUGCGAUCGUCUGGGUUGUCUACUGGUUUCCGACGAUUUCCAUCUGUAAUCCUAUCCAAUCACUCCAGCCAAUUCAAAUAUCCUCCCUUCUCUUCACAUCCCCAUCACCUCAAAUCUACUCCAACAUCAGAUCAAGACCCUACCAGAUCCACAUCAAAGAUACAGCCGCCUAAUCCAGGUGGUAUUCAGCAGCAUGAUCAUCAAUCACUCAUCGCCAGCUAUCUUCCCUCGAUCAGAUCACUAGCCUCAAAACUACCUUCCAACCUCAGACAUCCACCUACAGCCUCCGAUCUCCUGCCUCUCACCAAAUCGACCCUUGAUCGCUUGCAUAUCCGACUCAAAUGGCUCACGAUCCGCUCCUUCCAUCCCUAUCGCACCGACGACUACUCAGCCUUUGCAUCUCUCUUCGUGCUGAUCAAUAUCAUCCUUGCUGCGAUCGGAACGACCACCUUCCUGGGUAUCUUCCUAUUCCUCUUCAACAAGGCAGGCAUGGAAGACCUCGUAGCCCGUUGGCUGAGUAACCGACUGUCAAACGCAAGCGGAGUCGAGAUCUCAUUUGACUCUGCUCUCGUGCCCCGAUGGACCGAUGGUAUGAUUCGUUUCGAAAAUGUUCGGGUCUCUCGUGGUGGUCAUUCCUUAGGGCCCGAUGCAGCCAGACUAAUGAGUCUCGUUUUGGACAGUAACAUCCCCAACCCGACCCCUCGUCGAACCCUGGACCUUUCCCCACUCCACCCCGACCAACACCCCACAGCAUCAGAACAAGAGUCUCACUUCCCAGAGUUUACAACACCCUCAGAACCAGAUCCAGCCUUAGCCAACUGCACUCACUUCCACCUCACGAUUGCUUCUAUCGAUGUCACUCUGAGUCUUGGUCGUUGGCUCGAUGGCAAAGGACUGCUCAGACAAGCUGAAGUCAGAGGUGUAAGAGGCGUGAUCGAUCGUUCUCACCUCCCAGCCUGGUCUGGUGAAAGUGCCACCCCAAUUGAUAGACGUGAAUUCAGGAAAGUGGCGACGGCAGGCGAUUUUCAUCUCGAACAGGUCAUGAUUGAAGACCUACUGGUCACCAUCUUCCAGCCAAGUAACUUUCGACCAUACACCUUCUCGAUUUUUAAUGCUACCUUCCACAAACUCAGAAAACAGUGGUUGUUUCUCGACCUUCUGAGCGCAGAGCAAAUGACUGGACAAGUGGAUAACUGCUUAUUCUCGUUGCACAAGCCUCAAUCAAUCACUCAAUCAAAUGCCAAGGCAGGGCUCUAUGACCAAACCUUAUCAUCGAGACAGCUCGAGAACGGGCGAGAAUCGUACAAGCGGUACAAGACCAGACUCUCAAGGUUUCGGAUCGAUGGUGUUCCGAUCGAUCACCUACAGGGUAACUCGACUGGUCCUGGCUCUGAUGGACCUCUCAGCUGGAUCAAUAGCGGCCGGGUGGACGUAAUUGCGGAUAUCCGGCUGCCACUCGAGAUCGACGAGCUCGAUCUAAGGACGGUGGUCCGAGAGAUUGUGGACAACUUCGAAAAAGAACUAGAGAUCCAUCAACGAACUGGGGAUGAGAAUGAUGAUGCUGCUCAUCAUCCUUCUAGCAAACGGAACGGAUUGAUUAGCGAGCGUCGCAACCUGAUCAAGCCACAUCUCAAGUCUCCCAACGUGGAAGAGUCGUUGAAGGUUGACCUAGCAUCCCAUCACGAAAAUGAUGAAUUGCUCUUGGAGCGAAACGAUCAAGAAACUGAAGAACAAGUCGCGAUCGAGUUAGAUUUGAGAUUCAAAGAUCUUAAAGCCAGCGUACCCAUCUUCAGCAGCAGUUUAUCAUAUGUCAAUAAUGCACUUGUCCGACCUAUCGUAGCAUUUAUCAAUGCCAAUCGGACGUUGAUACCGAUCAAGUGUCAGGUGAAGCUUGACCUGGAGGAGUUCAAUGGAAGUUGGACGACGUAUGACAUCGGCCUGAUCGAGAUCAUCUCGGAACAGGUUUAUGAAGCCUUGGCCUACCACGUCGGAAGUGACAAGGUUGCGCAAUCCAAUCGGUUGCAUAAGGUGGGCAGGUGGGGGAUCCAGAUGACUGCAAACGCUAUCCUCAAUGCUCUAAAACAGCACUGGGAUGCUGCCCAUUAAAUUCUCUCGCCCUUUCCCCUCGGCUGCAGUUCAUACUGGUUUCGCAACGAUAGCGGUGUAGGUUGGUUGGAACAUCUUCUAUUCUUGCUAAUGGUGGACCCAACUCCGAAAUACUUGCGGUAAUCAUCAUCAACAUAAAAACAAAAGUAAAUAUAAUUGCAAGUGACCCGCUUCAAUAAUUAAUUAGUAGAUCCUUUCACCAAUAAUUCAUGUUAACUUUUUUGGGUUUUAGCUCCUCUUGAUUAUAGAUAACUCCACUCGAUUGUACUCCGCUAAAUUUUUCCCCCUUUUUUACAACAGAUACAUUCACAUAUCAAUAUGCACAUGAUUUGGCCCCCAAUAACAUGAUGUAUAUCGCUCAACUUAUCUUUUUUUUUAAAUCUUAAUAGGUCUCUAUUCUAGAUCAAAGACGUUUGACUGCUUUUUGUUAGAAUUCUUCUGUUUCUUCAAUCACUAUCCCCACUCACCUCCUCACUGAUGAAAUGUAUCUGUCAUGUGUUUCGUCUUUUCAACUGGAUAGUUUUGAAUUUGAAUUUGAAUUUGACUAACUAGAGAUGAGAAGUUGAUUUGGCUCCAGGAAGAUGUUCAAAUGAGUCAGUCAUGCAAGAGAUGAUGGAUGAGUUAAAUUUG